AUGAUUUACAAUCUUCUCGUUAUCCAGGCUUUUUUCCUGUGCUUCGCCCACGUUGCCUUCUCUGCUCCUCUGUCGAACCAGUUCUCGCUCUCGACAAUCAUCGACACGUUUGUCAUCUUCCCAAAGACAAGAUGGUUACGCAAAGCGCACUCGACCGACUUCACGAUCGAGAGCGUCACGGACUAUGGCAUCCUUAAUUUCGCGAACGACACUGAGACUAAAUCAACAGUCUAUGCACCCAUCACGUACUGCCCUUUUGGCAAGCGUGCGCUCUGGUUCACGGGUGAUGUGAUCUUGAGCAACAACCACACGGUUCUUCUCGGUAUCCCUAUCAAUUCUAUGGAUGUUAUCCGGAACUAUUUUUCUCCCGCGCAAUCUGGGUCCGAUGAUGUGAACACCUUGCACGACGAGCCGAUGAUUGUCGAUAGUUUCUACGGUCUCCAGUACGAAGAGGGAGAUACGACGGAUUGGCGAAUGGUUCCCCAGGACUACGAGACUUCACACGAAACCGCCGUUGCCCGCUCGCAAUGCGCGACAUUUUCGGAUACCAAGGCUGUGCAGUUUUAUGAGUCUCUAUCGACUGACGGUUCGUCCGAAUCGUUUAUGGUCGAAUACGAGGUUUCUGUCGAUGAGUCAGGAGCGACUACUCUCAACGUCACUCGGUCGAGAGAAGUUGUUAGCAAGCCGGAAGACAAUCAGCUGUACUGGGGAGUUUUUGCUACGAUGAGAAUUAAUCAUGUCGUCUACAUGUACGCUCUCGACACGAACAACUACCAGGAUGUGUACCUCGCGUCUGUUCCCGCCCAGCAAGUCGAUGACAAGUCAGCAUGGCAGUAUUGGCUGCAGUCUUCCAAAUCAUGGACGACCACCGAGCCCACCACCGCCGACGAUAUCUCUGCCGACGCCGUAUUUUCACUCACCGGUAGCGACAGGUUCGCGAUGGCCAACGACGAUAUCACGCAGACACUUGCAUACCACACCGGUGCAUCUAUUUUCUACUCGCAGUACCACUGGUCGUACCUUUUUGUCUACGUCUCGGCUGAUGAUCCGUCGACUCUCAUUAUCGAAUACGGACCCACGCCAGCUGGUCCGUUUACGAGCGACAAGAAAGUUCUCUACUCGAGCGCGGACUAUGACAUGUCGUAUGCAUCCGUUUCGCCAUUUAUGUUCAGCACGAGCGAGACCGAGGGCAAGACCGGAAAGGAGCUGCUUCUCACCGCCCCUGCCGCGGGUAACACGACUGAUGCGCAUGCGAUUAAGCUUACUUUGGAAUGA